AUGCCAACCUACUCCACAAUAACUAUCCUUCACAUGACACUUCAAAUCAUCAGUUCACUCCUCCUUAUUAUAUUGCUGUACUCUGUCAUCACUUCAAAGCAUCACUUCACGAAAUGGACUCUCUUCCAAUUGUGCAUAGCGGCAUUCGUAAACAAUACUAGUAGACUUCUGUACACUUUAAUACACGGAAAUAACGAUUAUUUCGACAAGUCACCGACACAACUAACUAUCAGAAUGGUUGGAUCGUUUAUGUUCUUUCCGCUGAUGGUUUUGCCUUCAGUAUUAGCAUUCUACUUGUGGUAUGCUUUGGUCAAAGGAGAUAUGACGAUCGAAAAAAGAUGUAUUUAUUAUGUUUCAGCUGUGACUUGGAUGUAUGCAGCAAUGCACAUUCUCGUCUCGCUCGUGGGUAUAUUAGGACGAAAGAUUGUUAGCGAAGAGGUUAAAAAUUAUGCAUACUUAAUACCCAUCAUGGUGGUGACCCUGUUCGCCUUGGCAAUUUCAUGUCAUUCGUGUUUAAUAUUAUGGAGAAGGUGGCGUAACCAUAACUUUCGUCAAAACAGAACUACCGCCAUAAAACUUGGAUAUGCUACGAGACUGUUCGCCUUCAGUUUCGUGUACAUUGUGAUCCUUUUAUCCAAAUCCGUUUCGCUAAUACUUAAUCUUAAUUUUUUUGUACAUUACGAAAAAUCCCUGGGAGCUUUGGCUUUUAUUUCUGACUUUGUAUCGGCUUCAGGAGGAGUGCUCCUGUUCUCGGUUUUCGGUUCAAGUAAAAGGGCAGCGAUAUUUCUACCAUGCUGCUACUAUGCUCCACCGUCUUCACCAGUACCACUUCCAUUAUUCAACGGCGAACACAUUGCUACUGUGAACGAUAAAAUAACAAUUGCAAGGGUAGUGAAUUAUGUUCCAACACUGCAAACAAUAGAUAAGUGUGAUCUUAGACGUUUUAAAUCCAUAAAAGAUCGUAAAACUGCAGAGGGUGAACAUGAAAAUACCUCGGUUGAGCCGAAGUCUUCAACGAUGGUUGGGGAUUUUAAAAGGAAAGCUGACAAAGGUCAUAAGAUCGUUAAGAGCGAUAGCAGAAAUUCCUUGAUCGUGACAAUAUCGUCGUCAACAACAGAACAUUCUGAAAGUGAGAUAACUAAUGUUGAUAAUGCUGAUGGUACAUUGAGAUGUCCAGAACCCGUCAAAAAGAUGUGUGAUAUUCGAAAUAUCAUGAUUGUGGGUGACGAGAAUAUUGAUAUUUCUACAGAUGACGAUUACAGUUUCAUAAAUUUUUAUCUUUAUUAA